GUGCGCGGCGCAGCGUCCUGUGCUGGAAUGUGCGGCUCCGGCGAGCUCGCCGCGCAGCAGCAGACCAAGCGCCGCCGAGGCCCGGGGCCCCAGACCCCAGCGGCUGCGGCGGCCGGGAAGACGGCAGGUCGAGGGCCGGCGGCUUGAGCACGCUCUGCAGCCCCUGUCCUGGGCCUUGGCGGGCCUCGACGGCCCGGGCGCCUAACUUUUCCACCCUCUCCCUCCCCUCUCCCGAAACUCCGGCAACAAAGAAAAGUAGUCGGAGAAGGAGCGGCGGGGCCGGUUCGCCGCCCCUCCACGCCGAGGAAGAAUACAGUUAUGGCCACCCAGGUGAUGGGGCAGUCUUCUGGAGGAGGAGGUCUGUUCACCAGCGGUGGCAAUAUGGGCAUGGCCUUGCCUAAUGACAUGUAUGACUUGCACGACCUCUCCAAAGCUGAACUGGCUGCACCUCAGCUUAUCAUGUUAGCAAAUGUGGCCUUAACUGGGGAAGUAAAUGGCAACUGCUGUGAUUACCUGGUUGGAGAGGAAAGACAGAUGGCUGAAUUGAUGCCUGUUGGGGAUAACAACUUUUCAGAUAGCGACGGGGAAGGACUUGAGGAAUCUCCUGAAAUAAAAGGAGAACCUAAUGGUCUGGACAACAUGGAAAUGAGAAGUUUGGAACUUGGUGUUGUAGAACCACAACAGCCUGUAUUUGAGGCAUCAGCUGCCCCAGAGAUUUACAGUGCAAAUAAAGAUCUUCCUCCUGAAGCACCUGGAGCAGAGGACAAAUGCAAGACUUUGAAGACCAAACCCUUUCGCUGUAAGCCAUGUCAGUAUGAAGCAGAAUCUGAAGAACAGUUUGUGCAUCACAUUAGAGUUCACAGUGCCAAGAAGUUUUUUGUGGAAGAAAGUGCAGAGAAGCAAGCUAAAGCUAGGGAAUCUGGCUCUUCCACCGCAGAAGAGGGAGAUUUCUCAAAGGGUCCCAUUCGUUGCGACCGCUGUGGCUAUAAUACCAAUCGAUACGAUCACUACACUGCACACCUGAAACACCACACCAGAGCUGGAGAUAAUGAGCGAGUCUACAAGUGCAUCAUUUGCACUUACACAACAGUAAGCGAGUACCACUGGAGGAAACACUUGAGAAACCAUUUUCCAAGGAAAGUGUACACAUGUGGGAAAUGCAACUAUUUUUCUGACAGAAAAAACAAUUAUGUCCAACAUGUUCGAACACAUACAGGAGAACGCCCAUAUAAAUGUGAACUUUGUCCAUACUCAAGUUCUCAGAAAACUCAUCUAACUAGACAUAUGCGUACUCACUCAGGUGAGAAGCCAUUUAAAUGUGAUCAGUGCAGUUAUGUGGCCUCUAAUCAACAUGAAGUAACCCGCCAUGCAAGACAGGUUCACAAUGGGCCUAAACCUCUUAACUGCCCUCACUGUGAUUACAAAACGGCAGAUAGAAGCAACUUCAAAAAGCAUGUAGAGCUACAUGUUAACCCACGGCAGUUCAAUUGCCCUGUGUGUGACUAUGCGGCUUCUAAAAAGUGUAAUCUUCAAUAUCAUUUCAAAUCUAAGCAUCCUACUUGCCCUAACAAAACAAUGGAUGUGUCUAAAGUAAAACUAAAGAAAACCAAAAAGAGAGAGGCUGACUUGCCUGAUAACAAUAUCAACAAUGAAAAAUCAGAGUCAGAGCAGACAAAAAUAAAGGGGGAUGUGACUGGAAAAAAAAAUGAGAAGUCUGUAAAAGUGGAGAAAAAAGAUGUUUCAAGAGAGAAAAAACCUUGUAGCAGUGUCUCAGUGAACCAAGUAACUACCAGAACUCGCAAGGCAGCCACAGAGACUAAAGAGAUGGAUGUGCAUACAGGAAAUAAUUCAGAAAAAUUCUGUAAAACCAAGAAAAGCAAAAGGAAGGUGGAAGCUGAAGCCCAUUCCUUGCAUGAUCCUGUGAAUGAGGAGGAACCUGUGACAAAAAAGAAAAAGAAAGUAGAAAGCAAAUCCAAAAAUAGUCAGGAAAUGCCAAAGGAUGACAGCAAAAUGCAGGAAAAUAAGGAGGAAAAUAAAAAGCAAAAUACCUGCACGAAAAAUAGCACAAAGAAGAAAACUCUGAAAAAUAAAUCAAGUAAAAAAAGCAGCAAGCCUGCCCUGAAGGAGCCAGUUCAGGAGACUGCUCCCAAAGUGCCUGCUCCGAUAGAGGCUCCUCAUGCAGAGCCUGCUCAGCUGGGGCCUGUUAAAAUGGACCUUAAGGAUCCUGCCCACAUGGAGGUUGUCCAGAAGGGGCCUGCUCAGGUAGAGCAGCCUCCUCCCAUGGAGCCCGAUCAGAUGGAGGUGGCUCAGAUGGGACCUACUCCCAUGGAGUCCAGUCAGAUGGAGGUUGGUCAGAUGGGGCCUGUUCCUGUGUCAUCAAGUCAGAUGGAGGCUGCUCAGAGGGAGUCUGCUCAGAUGGAGCCCUCUCUUCAAAUUCACAUUGAGCCAGUUCCCAAAAGGUCAUCUCCCCGAAAAGACAAUAAAAAGGGAAAGUCCAACAUUCAGUGUGAAACAGCACAUCAGGAGCAAGUCCUUAUUGAAGUCGGUUUAGUGCCCGUUAAGGAUAGCCAGCUUCUAAAGGAAAGUACAAGCACCCAGGAUCUCUUAACAUCACCACCACUGCCAAAGGAAGACUUAAGAGAAGAGGAGUCAAAAGACCAAAAAGGCUUCUCUGAAGGUGAAGAAAAUAAAGAAACCCUUCUUCAGAAAGGAGGAGGAGGAGAAGAGGCAGAUAAGAGUCUAGCUGAUCUUGCUGCUUCCAAGGAGUCUACCAGUGUUUCAUCCUGUGAACAAAACUUGAAUAUGCUAGAGGGUGAGACUUCAGAUAAGAAACAUCAGACUGAUCCAGCUAUGAUUUGUGAAAUGGAAAUGGGCACUGAGCAGAACACAACAGAGAAUGUCCCUGGUAAAGACUCAGCAGGGGAACAACCAGUUUCACCAUUGCUUCUUCCUUCACCCAUAGACGAACGUGAAGCAGGGUCUAAAACUGUUCUGGCUUCACCUCCUGUUACUGUGGCAGUAAAUGAGUCUCAGGAAAUUGAUGAAGAUGAAGGCAUCCACAGUCAUGAUGGAAGUGACCUAAGUGACAACAUGUCAGAGGGCAGUGAUGAUUCUGGAUUGCAUGGAGCUCGGCCAGUUCCACAAGAAACUAGUGCAAAAAAUGCAAAGGAAGCCUUGGCAGUCAAAGUGACUGAGGGAGAUUUUGUUUGUAUCUUUUGUGAUCGUUCUUUUAGAAAGGAAAAAGAUUACAGCAAACACCUCAAUCGCCAUUUGGUUAACGUGUACUUUCUUGAAAAAGCAGCUAAAGGGCAGGAGUAAUUAAACUUUGGACAAGGCUGCAGUUCUUAGUAAGAGCUAUUACAUUUUUUAUUCAUUUAUGGUAUUAGACAAACUUUUAAGAUUGCUUUAAUUAGUGUCCAAUGUUGAUUUUUUAAGUGACAUUGUUUUCCUUAGGACUUUAUGUCUGUCUAUUGAUUUUAGCAAAUCCAGGUGAGUAAAUGUAAUGAAACCAGCAGAUAUCUAAAUCUGUUAGCAUAUGCAGUCAGUUGACAUGAGAAGGCCAGCAUGGUAUAUAGUAUUCUUUUGCUUUGUGUGACUACAACUGGUCAGGUUUUCUUUCUGUCUUCUUUUUCACUUUAGUUUUAGUUCCUUGUUUAGCUCUAUAAAAAUUGGCUUAAUAGCAAAUUACUUGAAGGAUUUGCCUGCUUUAUAUAAAGUUAGCACUUUAAGAUUUCUUUAGAGAUGAAAAAAAAUUCUUCCAACAGUGGACAUUGUAUCAGUCCCGUAUACUUCCUGAUUUUGAUCCAUAUUUUG